AUGGAAGAAAUAAGUUUGCAAGGAGCCCCUUUUGGAACUCGAUCGGCCAGGUUUGAAGGGAGCAAGAGAAUGGGAGCAUACACUCAGAUGCCCUACUGCAAGAGAAUAAUAAGUGACAUGAAAACCAAGGUCGGUCCAGGCACAUACACGAUUGCCAGUUUCAUUGAGGAACUAGAAAAGAAACCUGGCAGCUUGAGAGGAAUCUGUGAGACCAGAGAGAAGCGGUUUAAAGACUACCAGAGCUCUACCCCAGGACCAGGUACUUACGGUAAAGGUGGAAUCCCUUCAGCAGCACUGGAGGAGAAGGAGAGGAUGUCUGUGGGGACCUGUCCCUCCAUGGGCCAUGCCAUUCAGCAUCGCUUUGAUACAAACUCUGUGGACAGUGGCUUGGGCCCAGGAAUUUACAAUCUGAAAAGCUCCACUGAGCUUUUACUGAGUCGCAGAGUCAGUAAAAGAGGCCCAUAUGACCUGUCCACUGGUAACGGAAACAUCUUCACUGCCCCUAAAUGGGUGAGUCCAGACCCAGGCACAUACCCCAAAGAAUUGCCCAGGUUUGGUGAGGAGCUGCAGAAGCCUGAGAAGAAGAAACAUGGCAUGUUUGGUAGUAGGGAGCAAUACCCUGCCAUCCCUACUGAGAGAAUCUACCUAUCCACUUUGUCUCAGUGUCCUCGGACUGAGACAUCUCCCGGCCCAGGAUGGUAUAAUAUUAUUCCUAUGACUCCCACAUAUCGAUUGGGAAGUGGUAAACAAGCGCCCUUCCUCUCCACUGCCCCACGGAUGAACAAGAAGACACAGAUGCUGAUGAAUAAAAACCAUAAUCCAGUCGGGCCUGGUCGCUAUAAUAUAGCAGACUUGAGUCAGAACAAGAACAAAAAUACUCAUAGAUCAUCAUUUAUAGCUGGCACCCUGCGUUACCUAGACAGCCCCAAAAGAGACAAGUUCAUCCAGGAGAGACUCAGGCCUGUCAAUGUUCCUUUGGACAGGAGAUCACUUCUCUUGCAACCAGCGAGUCGCUUCAUAUGAGCAAGACAUCCAAGACUGUCGAGCUUAAAGCAUCAGUAUUUUAGCGUUUAAAUGCAUUCAUUUCUACUGCACAAUAUAUCAGCAUGCAUUUGCCAUUUGCGUGUUCCAGUGGACUAAUGCCAAAAUAUUGACAGAUUGGAAUUUUAGUGCAUCAUAUACAACACACACAUAACAAAACCCUUAUAAUAGAAAUGCAGCGAGAGACACUGUAAGAGAGUCACAAUGUAAGUUA